CAGGUUCCACAAAGAUUGAACCGCCGGCGAAGUCCUUAAGAGACCUUCAAGCACUCCCGGUUCCGGCCAGCAUCCUGAAGAAUGGCACCAGCAUCCUCCUCUGGCUCGGCUCAAGGUUCGGCCUCUCGUGAACUAAGUGGUGUAGACGGGAAUGCUGCCGCAUCCUCAAGCUUACUGCAGGCUGGGCAGACUAGCUCUGCCCACAAGGCUGUAGAAUCGGUUGUGAUCAAAGAAGAGUUAAUGGAAGUGGAUGAGACAGGCCUGCCUGUCGGUGACAGCAUG